AUGACCACGGCUCGCGACCGCGUGUUCGUGAAGAGCUUGUCCACGGGCGAGGUCCUCUGGUCCAAGGACAUAUCCACCCCGGUCGUUGAGGCCCAUGGCUUGGGCGGCGUGCGCAUUGCAAAGUCCCAGAGGGAGGCCGAGGCCAUUGGAAGGGGGGAGGAUGCGGAGAACGCCUUGCUGGCUUUGGCCGAUGGCAGUGACGAUGACGACCCACCGCGCCAGCGGAGGGACGUCAUUGUCGCCAGAGAGGGCGGCUAUAUGUACGCUAUGCUGGCCGCGCCCGACGCUGAUGCCGACGGCACAAUGCCCAUGUUCAGUGAGGCCGAGGAGAUCGCGUCGGGAGGAAACUCGCGGAAGAGAGUCCAAAGGUACCGCAUUUCGAAUGACCGCGACUUGUCGUCGCUGUCGAGCACGGACCGUCUUCUAGGGCUAGGCCGCUUGCCGAGGCCGAGGCGCUCGGAAAGGGGCACGCGCCCGAAGGAUGUCACGCUUGUUGUUACGUCUCGCGACGCGGGCCUUGCUUUCCUUGCCCUGCUUGUCGUUGGGAUCGUCGGGUACAAGCUCGGGAGCAGGCCGCGCAGGCGCGACGCGCGGCGGAAGAAAGUGCGCAGAAGGAAGGAUAGAGGCGUGUCUGAUGAGCAAGCGGCUACGGGAGCAUUGGGAAGUCAGCCUACAGGAAAGGACCGCGACGGUUCCGACACGGACCUGGAUGAAGAUAUGGACGACGAGGACACGAGAGGUCUUCAGAUUGGUCGCACAGAUGACGGAGGAAUUGCUAAUCGACAGGAUCUCAUGCGAGAGUUUGAGCAGCCCAUAGAGUCCUCGACGGGUAGCUCUGGUAGUGUGAACGGUGGUGGUUUCAACUCGAAUCGAACGCAAUCGGGCUGGAUGUCGUUGGGAUGCUUAAAAAUCUCCGCAAAGGUUCUUGGCGUUGGAUCGCACGGAACGGUUGUGUAUGAGGGGGAAAUGAUGCCAGGAGGACGGAAAGUUGCCGUCAAGCGUCUGUUGCGGCAGUUCUUCGAAUCAGCCCGCAAGGAGAUUUCUUUGCUGGUUGAACUGGACGAAAAGUCGCCGCAUGUCGUUCGUUAUUUCGCAAUGGAGGAAGACUCAGAGUUUAUCUACUUGGCUCUUGAACUCUGUGCAGCAUCUCUUGCUGAACGUGUGACACAACGGGGACCGCCUGUGCCUGCACCUCUUUAUAUUGGAGGGCCCCCUCCCGCGUAUACCAGUCGCGCACUCAGACAACUCUUGCAGGGACUAGCGGAUCUCCAUCGCUUAGGUGUGGUUCACAGAGAUGUCAAACCUCAAAACGUGCUCAUUACAAGAUCUGACGGGAUAGGUGGAGAUGUCAAGCUGGCCGAUGUUGGCCUUGCCUUGAGGCUUGCCGCAAAUCGUUCCAGUUAUACUGCUGUUACUAAUGCUGGCGGUGGUGUUGGGACGACAGGGUGGAGAGCGCCGGAGGUCCUCAGUGGCGGUCGUCAGACAAAGGCAGUAGAUGUUUUUGCUGCUGGAUGCAUUGUUUCUUUCGUUCUUACGGGAGGAAACCAUCCAUUCGGGAAUGCCAUUUUUGGACGCGACGGCAAUAUCGCAGCUGGGAAGCCCUCUUUGGAAGCUCUUGAGGCCCUGCAGUUACCAGAAGCCACUGACAUUGUUUCCAAGAUGAUUGAUCCGGUAGCCGGGAACCGACCGUGUGCCGAAGACGCAUUGCAACACCCGUUCUUUUGGACAGAUGCAACAAAGCUAUCAUUCCUUGUAGAUAUCUCUGACAGACUAUACGACACACGGCACGACCCAGCAAGGUACACAGAAAACUUCGACAGAUAUCCUCUGGCAAGGGAACACUGCAGUGAUUGGCAGGUUAGAAUGGAUAUGGAACUUCUCAUGGGUCUCGGACGCGGCUACGAAAAUACUGUGUCUGGUUUGUUACGCGUUAUUCGCAACAAGCGCAACCACUAUUCAGAACUUUCAGCGUCACUUCGUAAGCUUUUGGGGAAACUUCCAGAAGACAAGUACAGAACCGAGGCAAUACUCCCACAGAAUUCAAGCGCAUCCGGUGACUCUACCGACUCCAAUGAUCCUGAUGUUAACUUUUUAACUUACUUCACCAUCAAAGUACCCCAACUCGUCAUAUGUACAUACAAAUACGCAGUUGAGAACCCCGUUUUGAUCGACCAGCCCCAUUUCCUAAGAUAUGGUCUCAAGGCCAAGAUCUCAAGACAACCGCUGCCAUUACAUCCAUUUGUUCGCAAAAUACGGGAGAGUCGUGCCGCUGCAAGAAUGCAAGCAGGAAGCAACAAGGGCGGGUCCAACUUGCACUACAAUCAAACCGGAGACGGAAAGAAGUUGUUCGGGUAUGACGACAACGAGUGGCCUGAACAAGAUAAUGAUCUGGGGGACAGUGAUGCUAUCUUUCCAACGGAGCCGAAUCGCAUGUCAUACAACCGACAUGAGUUGGUUAAUUUGCAGGCCUCGUGCAUGAACCUGCACUCAGAUAUUCGGGAGCUAUUGCAAGCCCGGGAGUUGUACCAACCGUCAGCUUACCAACGAAAUCGGAAGCGUUUAGCGACCAAUGUGUACGAAGAUAGUGAUUUUGAUCCACCGCCUGGCAGGCCACAACCAGCAGUUAACGCGGAUACGCCACCUGGCUUCACUCGUGUCAUGCCACGAGGACGUAACCUGUAUGGUUCCUCUCUAUACGGCUCAAGGGCGUCUCCAUUUGCUUCAAGCCCACCAGCCUCUCACCAUUCUGGAUUUGGCCCGUCCCACCCGCUCGGGUUUUCUGGAAACACCCCACCGGGCUUCUCUGGUACUGCCCCACCACCGCAAGCUGGCAACGGCCCACCGGGCUUCUCCAACAAUGCUCCACCACCAACUUUCGGAAACCAAAAUCCUAGCACAGUUGCGAACACAAACUCGCAGUAUUCUAGGCGAAGCAACACUGCAAAUAUAAUGCCAACUAGAUCUCAAUUUUCUGGAGAAGAACGCAUUGUUGACUUUGGCGCUCUACGAAGGAGGAAGCAAUAGCCUAUUCACACAUUUGUAACAUUGGCAACCACUGUAAAUCGAAACAUUUCGCA